GGCGGGCGGGCGGCCCCGCCGCUCCUAGAAGCACCGCAGCCCGGGAGCCGCCGCCGCCGCUGCCGCCGGGAUGAGCACCCUCGCCUUCGACGACCCGGCCCUGGAGGGGCUGGCGCCGUCCCUCGGCCUCUCCGGGGCCAGCGACAUCGACACGGCCCUGCUCAGCGACAUCGACGACAUGCUCCAGCUGAUGAACACGCCGGACAAUGACUUCUCGGGACUGUUUGACUUGCCGUUCGGUGCCCCUGACACCACCGUGCCCCCGGGGCUCCCUCCGGCCCCGGGCAACCUCGGCACCUACCCGGGCCCCAGCAAACCUCCCCCCGCCGCCCCCACCAGCAGCGUCUACACGGGGCCCCCCGGGAUGGCAACCUUCCCCCCGCAGCCCCCGGCCCCGCUCCUGUCAGCGUCGGCCCCGGGUGUCAAGGAGGAGCCGGCGGCCGUGCCCAGCAGCCAGCCCCAACCCGGCGUGAUGCUGGCCCCCAGCUUCGUCCCCGCGUCCCCCGGCCAGUUCAGCCCCCAGCCCUUGGUGGGCUACCAGAACCAGCACAGCUUCUCCGCCGUGCAGCCCGGGGGUGCGGGGCAGGCCCUGCCCAGCCCCCUGCCCACGCCGCAGCUGGGCCAGCCCGUGGCACUGCCUGGCCCCGUGCAGAGUGUGGCACCCCAGCAGCUCCUGGCCCCCGCCACAUCCACCACCCCCGCUGCCCAGCCCGUCUCACCCCAGAUCCAGCCGGUGCCGGUCCUACUGCAGCCCCAUUUCAUCAAGGCUGACUCCCUGCUGCUGACGGCCGUCAAGACGGAUGCCGGCAGCGCCAAAACCUCCAGCAUCGCCUCCCUGGCCACCAGCGCCAGUGGCUCUGCCGCCCAGCUGCAGGCACUAGUGAGCGGAGGGACCAUCCUGGCCACGGUGCCGCUGGUGGUGGACGCCGAGAAGCUGCCCAUCAACCGGCUGGCGCCCAGCGGGAAGCCGGCGCUGGUGCAGAGCAGGGGGGAGAAGCGCACGGCGCACAACGCCAUCGAGAAACGCUACCGCUCCUCCAUCAACGACAAGAUCGUGGAGCUCAAGGACCUGGUGGUGGGCACCGAGGCCAAGCUCAACAAGUCGGCCAUCCUGAGGAAGGCGAUUGAGUACAUCCGCUUCCUGCAGCAGAGCAACCAGAAGCUGAAGCAGGAGAACCUUGCCCUGAAAAUGGCCGUGCAGAAGAACCAGUCCCUGAAGGAUCUGGUGGCCUCCUGCAGCGGGAGGGCCAAGGCGGAGGCCCCCAUGGAGGUGGUGAAGGCGGAGGUGAUGGAGAUGCUGACGCCGCCGCCCUCGGACGUGGGUUCGCCGUCCCACAGCAGCCCGCUCUCGCUCAGCGGGGGCAGCAGCAACAGCAGCAGCGACUCGGAGCCCGACAGCCCUCUCUGUGACCACGGCAAGGUGAAGCAGGAGGGCCCGCCGCCCUCGCCCAGCAGCCAGGGCAUGCUGGACCGCUCCCGUAUGGCCCUCUGCGCCUUCGUCUUCCUCUGCCUCUCCUUCAAUCCCCUGGCCUCCCUCCUCCGGGGCUCCGGUGCCCCGGUCCCUGUGGGGAGCCCGGGCACCGCUGGCCCCAGCAGGAGCAUCAUGGCUGAGUCUGGCACCGAGCCGUGGGGGUGGUUGCAGUGGCUGUGGCCCACGCUGGCCUUCUGGGCGCUGAACGCGGCGCUGGUGCUGGGGGCGGUGGUGCGGCUCUUCGUCUGCGGGGAGCCCGUCACCCGCCCCCACUCCGAGCCCUCCGUCCUCUUCUGGCGGCACCGCCGGCAGGCCGACCUCGACCUUGACCGGGGGGACUUCGCCCAGGGGGCUCAGCACCUGCGGACGGCACUGGGGGCACUGGGGCGGCCGCUGCCCGCCUCCCACGGGGACCUGGCCUGCAGCCUGCUCUGGACCCUGCUGCGGCACCUGCUCCAGCGCCUCUGGGUGGGCCGCUGGCUGGCCGCCCGGGCCGGGGGGCUGCGCUCCGACCCCCCGCCCCCCGCCCACGUCCGUCAGAGCGCACGCGACGCCGCCAUGGCCUACCACCGCCUGCACCAGCUCCACCUCGCCGGCCGGGGGCACCUGCUGGCCAUCAACCUGGCGCUGAGCGCCGUCAACCUGGCCGAGUGUGCUGGCGACGCCGUCUCCGUGGCCGCCCUGGCCGAGAUCUAUGUGGCGGCUGCCCUGCGGGUCAAGGCCAGCCUGCACCGCUGCUUCCACUUCUUGGCUCGCCCCUUCCUCUGCAGCGCCCGGCGCGUGGCCCUGUCCCACGGCGGGGCCGUGCCCCCCGCCAUGCAGUGGCUCUGCCAUCCCUUGGGCCACCGCUUCUUCGUCGACGGGGACUGGGCCAUCAAAGGCGUCCCGAGGGAGACCAUCUACAGCUCCGCCGGCAACCCAGUGGACCCGCUGGCGCAGGUGACCCAGCUUUUCCGUGAGCACCUCCUGGAGAAGGCGCUGUGCUGCGUUGCCAUGCCCGAGCCCGGCCGCCCGGCUGCCCAGGGAGAGGGGCGCUUCUCCGACGCUCUCGAGUACCUCCAGCUGCUCAACGGCUGCUCUGACGCCAGCGGUGCGCCCGGCCCCGCGCCCUCCAUCAGCUCCGGCUUGGCGGCCGUUACAGGCACCGACCCCGUGUCCAAGUGGUGGGCGUCCAUCAUUGGCACAGUUAUUCACUGGCUGCAGGGAGACGAGGAGGGGGCUGAGCGCCUCUACCCGCUGGUGGAGACCAUGCCCCGGGUGCUGCAGAGCUCUGAGAAGCCCCUGCCCCGCGCCGCCCUGCACUCCUUCAGAGCGGUCCGGGCCAUGUUGAGCAAGCAGGACGGGAGCCAGACCAGCCUGAGCCAUUGCGAGAAGGCCAGCAGCUGCCUGCGGGAGAGCCUGGAGCUCGGCAGCCCCCCCAAGGGCACCAUCGAUAAGGCGGUCCAGCUCCUGCUGUGCGACCUGCUCCUCGUCACCCGCACCAACCUGUGGCAGCAGCAGAUGAGCGUCAGCCAGCAGCGCAGCUGCCUCUACCAGGCGUCCGCCCUCGAGCUCCGCGGCUUCCAGCAGGACCUCAGCAGCCUGCGGCGCCUGGCCCAGACCCUCCGCCCCGCCAUGCGCCGGGUGUUCCUGCACGAAGCCACUGCCAGGCUCAUGGCCCGGGCCAGCCCCACACGCACCCACCAGCUGCUGGACCGCAGCCUGCGGAGGAGAGGGGUGCAGGGCAGCAAAACAGGUGGGACACGGGCUGGUGAGCCGGAGAGCCACCCCAUGCCGCGGGAGCACGCCGAAGCCCUGCUGCUGGCCUGCUGCUACCUCCCGCCCAGCUUCCUCUCGGGGCCGGGCCAGCGCGUGGGCAUGCUGGCCGAGGCCGCCCGCACCCUGGAGAAGCUGGGCGACAAACGGACGCUGCACGACUGCCAGCAGAUGAUCAUCAAGCUGGGCAGCGGCACUACUGUCACAUCGGGCUAGCCGGGGAGCGGGGGGCACGCUGCCAGCCUGGC